AUGGCCGGGGUUCAAUUCAAACAGUGGGCGCUGGAAUAUGUGCUAUCAGAUGAGGAAACUGCCCAGUUGGAACUCGCCAGGAAAGCCGCUAGAGAAAUCGAGAGCUCCCAUGCCAACAGCACUGUGGUGGGAAACUGGGCAGCCUCCAUUCAGCAGUGGAUGUCGCCAGCACAUGAUGACGACCAGCUAGAUGACAUCCAGGCCAGCGGAGGAGGUAAUAUAAUUACCCGUGCCAAAGGUGCGUAUAGCAUGAUGCUGAACAGGCAACCUGAAUACGACUUCAGUUCUGACAGCCUGGGCACCAUUUUUACAGCUCUGAGUUUCUUGUCCAGCACCCUGGAGGCUCUGGAUAAAGGCACCUUGAAAUCAGACCAAGGUAUUCCAGUCUCUCCUGUUCAGUCCUCUUGUGUCAUUCCCUAUGCUGAUUUGCUUUCAGUCCAACGCCUCAUCGGCUUUUUUGGCUCCAUGUUCUCCUAUGACCACAAGGCUGGGAUUACUGCGGCAUCCAAAGCUCUCCGUCAGUUAUCUGCAAUGAAGGGGUUCAAACCUCCCAUGGGAGUCAAGAUCUUGGAGGAUGUCUGCAAAAUCAAGGAGGACUUUCGAUUACAGACAGCUCUUACCAGGCUGGAGGUCUAUGAGCUUUUCCUAAGGCUGCUCCAGGACUCGGCCGUGGCCAGCGAACUGCAACACAAGUAUGGCUCUUCAGCUGGCUUUAUUCUCGAUCUGCUUGAACUUUGUGCGAAUGAGCGAGACCCGAGGAAUCUCAUGACCUGGUUCAAGACCAUCACCGUACUUCUCAAGGACUACGACCUGUCUCCUGAAGUUGCCGAAGAAAUCUUUAAGACCUUCUCUGCGUAUUUCCCCAUAUCUUUGAGGAAUACUACUACCCAGAUAGCUAUAACUGCCGACGACCUCAAGGAAGCCAUACGAUCAUGCUUUGCGGCGCAUCACUGCAUUUCGUCGUUUGUCUUCCCAUUCCUUCUUCAAAAACUUGAUCAGGGAGAUGCCGUCACAGUGGCAGUCAAGCUGGACAUCCUAAAAACGAUGAGGGCUUGCGUUGAGAGCUACGGCAAUCCCCAAAUAAGUCUCGCUCCGUACGUGGAGAAGCUGUGGAACUCGCUGAAAUAUGAGGUCCGGAAUGGGGACGUGAAGGAAACAAUAGAUGCUACCUUGGAUGUGCUUCGGGCUAUCGCCAAACGACUUGAUGGAACAAGCGGCCAAAAGCUCAACGUCUCUUUACUCACAGACUAUGUUGAUCUGGUUAUUAGAGACUGCCGCGAUGACCUCUCUAAACCCUCAUACACCAAGCAAGCCGGACUCCUCCUCAUAACCGUUAUAUGUGCGACUGUGAGGGGCUAUCUGCUCUACAACGCCAGCUUUAUCGACUUCCUGAGGCAGAAUAUUCGACAGCCGAAAUCACCAUCCCAUACUGAUGACCUCCUCCUGUUGUUAAACUCAUUCCUCAAAUCCCGAAUGGAGCUCGUCGUUCAAAGAGGGGAAAAGUACAGGGAAGACCAAGAGAGUUUGAAUUGCGAAGCCCAUACACAUCUCAAAUCUCUUUUCCAUGACAUUUAUCUUCCCAUUUGGUCCAAGAGGGCUGCGGAACCUACUUCUGAGGAAGGUGACGUUCUAAAGAAAGUUGCCGAGGGCCUUGCCAGGCUUGCUACCCAGCAAGUUGUGCAGCCAACCGGCGACAUUGUUCUGCUCAACUCACCUCCAGUAUGCUCGGAGAUCUGCUCUCUCCUCACUGAAGAGCUUAUAAAGGGCUUGGAUAUGAAUCCAGAUGACAGCAAGUCGGAUGACCAUACCCUCGAAGACCAGGUAGUCCUUGCACUACGCACCAUCGUCAUGGUUUACAGAGACGGUUACGCAGAGCUUGUGGCUAGGGCAGUUGCAGAGAUCAGAAAACGGGAUUGGGCCAAUCCAUCACACCAUUCACUCAAUUCAUUGAGAGACCUGCUCUCUCGCUUGAGCUUCAUCGGCUGCUCUAAAAUUCCGGCCCACAUUGCCAUGACUACGCCCUCGAAGAAGCCAUAUUCACCACUUCAGCAUUUCGUCACUUUCGUUGCCAGCCUGCUAGACCUUUUCCCACUCACAAGGCAGGCCCACGAGGAGUGUCUUGCGAACGCGCAUAUUGUUUCCUCACUCCAUGCAGGACUCCUAUGGUUUCGCGACGCAUGCGAUGAGAAGUAUGGCAAUGCUGUUUUCACCUGGGGGUCUACCAACCAAAUCAACCUCAAAGAGAUCCCAGAUGAUUUCUUCACCGCUGUUCACCGUGGGGAUGUGACAUUGGUAUCCCUUUCAGAGAGCAGCCCGAGCGUGUAUCACGAAUUUGUCAAGCUGGGCCUAUUCCUCGUGGUACAUUUGUACCGCUCUGCCACUCUGGGUCCUCGAGAGCUUUGGAGUGAGAGAGCUCUUGUUCAGGUCUCGCAAAUGGCAGCUCUGAUCACACGGAUGCUCAGCAUUGACGAGCAAGUCUCCCUAAAUUUAGCUCAUGAAGCUUUCAACUUUUUCCGGAGACCCAAUGAUGAAGCCGUGGAGAAGAAUUUGUCAUAUGUUUCCUCAGGUCUUUUGACAUUAGGUAUUCUCCAAGGGUUGAGGCCAGAGGCAAUGACCGAACUAGUAAGCUUACUCUCAGUGUACCAAAGUCAGUUGAACAAGGCUAACAGCUCGCAGUAUGCUCUAGGUGGAGUUGCGGAGCAAUUCAUGUGCGAUGCGUGCGACUUGAUGCAACAUCAACAGAAGGCAAGUGAUAUCCGGGGAGCCAUUUGCACAGUCCUCGCCAACAAAUUCAAACCUGGGCCGUCGUUCUCUAACUCAGAGUCUUUGACACUGAACCAAACUUUUGAUUUUUGGGCUGAGUGGAUCAAAAAUGCAACCUCACUGGAGAAGGGCAUCUCGUCGGAGAGCUUCGAGGUCAUUUUGCCGAUUGCCCUCGGUGUCAUUACCGGAUCCAUUGCUCGCCAGGACAAACAUGUUCUUGAUCUGGUUCCUAUCUUGCACCAAGCCAUAUCAAACAAGCAUGCCAAUGGCGAGAUUCUUGCCAAAUCAAUGGGCAUACUUUUCAAACCCAACAACCUCCUUUCACCAGAGUACCAUGCAAUUCUCAAGCGCUUCUAUAGACAAUGGGCCUACUUCUCUAUAACAAAACCUCUUUUCGCACUUGCACAGCCGGCAGCCGCAGAUGGCCACUCUGCUUCUCGUUACCGUAUUGCCAUCAUCUUCAUGGUCGCUAACUGCCCCUUUACCAUCUACCAAGAUGAUUUGGACUCACUGAUACCGCUCCUGAUAACCUCUCUUACCGGUGGCAGCAACAGCAACUCCUUCACAGGAAAAGACGUUGUCUUCACCCAGGCGUUUGCCGCGCUCCAGAUCUUGACUGAGAUACUGGGCAACGGUCCAGAUGCGCUGAAGAGCCAUUUAAGGGAAAUUAUUAACGGGGCAAAAAUGAUCUACUCAAAGUGUUGCGGCAACGUUGGGGAUGAAAAUUUGGCAGCGACGCGUACUCGGUGUCGGAAGUUGGCUCUGCACGUUCUAGGAAUGAUUCCUCUCAAGUUUGAAGAGCGUCAUAUUAUUGCUUACGCGCCGCCAACACAGAGAAUGUUGGCUGUUGCAUGUGGGGAUGCAGUGAGAAAGGUAAGGGAGGUUGCAAGGCAAGCCAGAGCAAGUUGGGCAAAGGUGGCAUAG